AAACAAAGGAAGUGGAAGUGGAAGAGAAAGAGACAGGGAGAGAGAGAGAGAGUGAGAGGCAAUAUGAAAGUGCUACUAGUUUUUGUCCUGAUAUCCUUGGCUGCGUUGGCCAGCGCCAGGAAGCCAUUCGCCGCGCGCUACGAUAACUUCAAAGUGUAUCGAGCUUUUGUCGAGGAUAACGAGCAGCUGGUUGAGUUUAAAAAAAUUCAUCACCACCUACAAGUUCAUAUACUUCACGAGAUUGGAGGACCCAAUCGCAGCUAUGAUGUUAUUGUGGGUCCAUUGUUCCAGCGCGCCUUUGAGCAGGUGCUGCACGACUUGCAGGUGCAAUACGAUAUAAUCGUCGAGGAUUUACAAGCUUUGCUGGACGAGUCGUCGGUGGAUGAGGAUGCGCCCAUGGACUGGGAAACCUAUCAUCCGUUGGAUGUCAUCUACGACUGGGUGGAUGAGCAGUGCGACCAGCACGUUUAUCUCGAGUGCCAAGUCAUAGGCCAUUCGUACGAGGGCAGGCCCAUCAAGAGCGUCAAGCUGUCCAAACGUGAGGGCAACAAGGCCAUUGUCAUUGAGGGUAAUAUUCAUGCCAUGGAAUGGAUAUCGUCGGCCACCGUCACUUACAUCCUUAAUCAGUUAAUCAACUCCGAGGAUGAGGAGAUGCAACGUCUGUCCGAGGAGUUUGAUUGGAUUGUGAUGCCGAUGGUGAAUCCCGAUGGAUUUGUCUACACACACGAUGUGGAGCGCCUGUGGCGCAAGAAUCGUCGCCCCAAUGGCUAUUCGAACUCGUCGGGUCCCUGCUAUGGCAUCGAUAUGAAUCGCAAUUUCGAUUACCACUGGAGCGGUGCCGGCUGGGGUAUUGAGGACCCCUGCGAUCAUUGGUUCGGCGGUGAUGAGCCGAACUCGGAACGUGAAAUUCUGGCCCUGCAGGAGUUUGUCAACUCCUUUGAGGAUGGCUAUAUACGCGCCUAUCUGGCCUUCCAUGCCUACGGCCAGUAUGUCCUGCUGCCCUAUGGACACACAAACACUGAAUUUCCGCCCAACUAUGAUCAAAUGAUGCGUAUUGCUGCUGCCUUUGCCGAUGCCGCUGAAGAUGCGUUUGGCUCCGUUUUCACCUAUGGUGCCAGCGGUUUAUUGAACUAUGUUGUGUCUGGUGCGGCUAAGGACUGGGCCUACGGGGUUAAGAAUAUACCAUUCACCUGCACUGUCGAGCUGCGUGAUAAGGGCACAUUUGGCUUCUUCCUGCCAUCCAAUCAAAUUACGGAAGUUGGCGUCGAGGUCACCGAAGGCCUUAAAUCGCUCGUUGCCAAAGCAGUCGAUGAGGGCAUUUUCGAUUGAAAUCGGUCGAGAGUCGAGAGGACACAUUUCUGACUCUCACAAAUCUCGACAACAAUUGGAUUAGCUUGUAGCGAACCUCUAUGAAUAUAUAUACAAAUAAAAAUAAUACAAAUGUA